GAGGAAGAGAGCGAAUGAGACGCAAGCGAAAGGGAACUACCGAGUCCAAGACCCUAUCAUGGUCUUGGUCUUUGGUUGAAAGCUAAUUAAAGUGAGUGAAAGGGUUAUAAAGUAGAGCAUUUAUUUAUGAGGUUUUAGGGUUUUGUUCCCCAAGCAGUCAUCAAAUUGCGUGAAGGUUGGUGGAUGGGGAUGCAUGUGGGGAUGGGAGUUGGGACUCCCAAGCGGAGGCUACUGGGAGCGCGGCACCGCACGCUCCUUGGUGCUUGCUAGGUGUCUGUUUCGUCGACAAAGGCGUGGGCAGUCGGACGAAUCUUGCUCCAUUCCCCCACGCCUCUCCCCUCCCACUUCCUAUAAGAUGCUCGCCCGACAAUCCAACUGCAGGCAAUUAAAGGCCAUCCUAAGAGAUAGAGAUAGAGAAGCCUGUCGCUAAUUUGUUUCAUCAGCAAGUGCCGAAAGAAUGAAGCUGAACAGCCAAAGAAAGGUGUCGCAUAGAGGGGAAGGAGGUGGUGGGCUGGGCAGAGCUCUGAGAGAGCAGAAGGCCAGGCUCUAUAUCAUCCGCCGCUGCGUCGUCAUGCUCCUCUGCUGGCAUGAUUAACCCUCACACCACGCCGUACGGCAUUUUUUUUUUUUUUUUUUUGGUUUGUGAAAAAUUCUGGGCAAGGGCAGAGAAGUUUUGGUUAGGCUUUUCUUUGUGCAUGCAUCGAUCCAAAUACUAGCUUUUUUUUUUUUAUCCUUCUUCUUCUCCUCUCUUUUGGGGUCCACUUGACUCCCGGUCCUUCAUUAGGCAGGCGAGGAUGGACCGAUUUUGGAAAGGAUUUAUUGCGCUCUUAUAUUUAAGCAUUUAACCAUGGUCUCUCCUGCACGCGCAUGAAUCUCAUAUGUAUAUAGAUGUCUAGAUGCAUAAACUGAAUGCCGAGGAUUU